GCUCCGAUCCCGUCGGUCCGGCUCCGGGCUUUCCUUCCCUCCGCUUUAGAUCAAUGGCUCCAGGCUGUCAGGCUCGCUCACCCCUCUCUCUCUCCAGCUGGAUGUGUCUGAAGGAAAGAGAGAGGGUCUUCCUCCCUCCUCCUCUUCCUCUCCUGGCGACCCGCUCCGUCGGUCCUGGCCGGCAGACGGAGCAGACCUCCGGGAAGGCAGCGUGGAGCGGAUCGCGGCGCUGAUGUGGAAUGAUGGAGACUCUGCCCUCUUAGUUUCUGGAACUUCGUCUCCCUCUGAAAUAACGCAGGAAACCUGAUUCCUCUGCUGGAAUUUUAUCCUUUAUUUCUUUUCUUUUUUUUUUGGGGAGGAGAUCAGAGGGUUUUUUGGGUUUUUGCCUCCUGUUCCUCCUCCAGCCUAUUUUUCUUCAUGGUUUCCACCUGACAGCUGGAUUCUGCAGGAUUUUUGGGGAAAGUGAGUGGGAUUGUGGGGCGAAUCGUGUGGAUUCUGCAGGAUUUGGGAACGUUUCUCCUGAACUCAGAGGGACUGGAGCUGGGCAGCAUGGAGCUGCGCGCGCUGGGAUGUACUGGGGAUGUUUGGAGGCUGCUGGCUCCCGGGAUGAGGAUGAGGAGGGUCUACCUGCUGCUGCUCUGCUGGCUGCUGGGAGCGCACAGCUCAGCCCAGGCCUCCGACGCUCCUUCCUCUUCCUCGUCGCCCAGCCCUGGCUUUGUGACCUUCUCCUUCACCGUGGAGCCCCAGGACACGGUAACGGUGCGGGGCGGGACGCUGCAACUGGACUGCCAGGCCCAGGCGGGCUCGGCGGCGGCGGGCCCCGCCUCCAUCACGUGGCGUAAAGAUGGCGUCCUGCUGAGCGCGGUGGUGGACGAGCGGCGCCGGCAGCUGGAGAACGGCACGCUGACGGUGCAGAACGUGGUGCACUCCCGGCACCACCGGCCCGACGAAGGGGAGUACCAAUGCCUCGCCACGCUGGACGGGCUGGGAAGCAUCGUCAGCCGGACGGCAAAGGUCACAGUGGCCGGUCCGUUGAGGGUGAUCGUCCCCACCGAGUCGGUCUCGUCGUUCCUGGGCGACACCGCCCUGCUGCGCUGCGAGGUCUCUGGCGACCCGAGGCCCGUCAUCCGCUGGCAGAAGAACCGGGAGGACCUGCCACUCAGUUUCCAGCCCGAAUCCCGGCUGGCGGUUCUGCCGUCCGGGUCGCUGCAGGUGAGCCGGGUCCAGCCGCCGGACUCGGCGACGUACCGCUGCCUGGCCGACAACCCGGGCAGCACCAGAACCGGGACGGACGCCGAACUCCGAGUUCUCCCAGAACCUGGGCUCAGCAGGAACCUGCAGUUCCUCCAGCGUCCGUCCAGAGUAACGGCCCUCCUGGGAACAGACGCUGUGCUGGAAUGUUCCGCCUCUGGUUACCCGACUCCCAGCAUCCAGUGGAGGAGAGGAGAGGAGGUGAUCCAGAGCUGGAACAAGAAGUUCUCCCUGCUAGCAGGCAGUAACCUGAUCAUCAGAACCGUCACCGACGACGACUCCGGCGCCUACAGCUGCACGGCCUCCAACAAGAACCAGAACAUCACGGCGCAGGCAGAACUCAGCGUCCAAGUUCCUCCUCAGUUCCUGAACUACCCGACCAACAGCUACGCCUACGAGGCGACCGACAUCGAGCUGGAGUGCGCCGUGACGGGGAACCCGCUGCCGGCCGUCCGCUGGAUGAAGAACGGAGAGGAGGUCAUUCCCAGCGACUACUUCCAGAUCGUAGACGGAACCAACCUGCAGAUUCUGGGUUUGGUGAAAUCAGACGAAGGAUUUUAUCAGUGUGUCGCUGAAAACUCAGCAGGCGGCGCUCAGGCCAUGGCCCAGCUGCUGCUCCGAGAGCCAGUGUCCCCCAGCCCAGGCGUUGCCCUCCCCUCUGCCCCCCGCGACCUGGUCCCUGUCCUAGUGUCCAGCCGGUUCGUCCGGCUCAGCUGGCGCCCCCCGGAGGAGACCGGAGGAGGCGUGCAGACGUACGGCGUCUACUACUCCCAGGCCGGAGUCGAGAGGGAGCGGUCAGUGAACGUGUCGGAGCCGGAGUCUCUGGAGCUGACCGUGUCCAACCUGAAGCCCGAGGAGAGCUACAGCUUCAGGGUGGUGGCGUACAGCGAGGCGGGGCCCGGCCGCAGCUCCGCCCCCCUGCAGAUCGCCACCAAGCCCGACCUCCAGGUCCCCAGCAGGAUGGAGUCUGUGCGGGCCCUGGCUCUGUCCCCCACCUCCAUCCAGGUGAGCUGGGAGCCGCCCAGCCUCCCUAACGGACCCGUCCUGGGCUACCGGCUGCUGUGGACUGAGAGCCCGUCCGGAAAGGAGCAGAGCGUGGAGGUGAGCGGGAUUAACUACAAGAUGGACGGACUCAACAAGUUCACCGAAUACACGGUCCGGGUUCUGGCCGUCAACCGCUACGGACCGGGCACCGCCUCCGAGACGGUUACCGUGACGACGCACUCCGACGUGCCCAGCGCUCCUCCUCAGAACAUCACCCUGGAGGUCGUCCUGUCCCGGAGCAUCAAGGUGUCAUGGCAGCCGCCCCCUCGCAGCGCCCAGAACGGCAUCAUCACCGCAUACAAGAUCAAAUACAGGAAGACUGGUCGCCGUGGAGACCAGGAGGCCAUCGAACCCAACAACUUCUGGUACUUGUUCACAGGUCUGGAGAAGGGCAGUCAGUACAGCUUCCAGGUGGCGGCCAUGACGGUGAACGGAACGGGUCCCUGCAGCGACUGGUACACCGCCCAGACGCCGGAGAACGAUUUGGACGAGAGUCAGGUUCCGGACCAGCCCAGCUCGCUGCACGUCCGGCCGCUGCCCAACAGCAUCAUCAUGUCCUGGACGCCGCCGCUCAGCCCCAACAUCCUGGUCCGCGGUUACAUCAUCGGCUACGGCGUGGGAAGCCCCUACGCCGAGACGGUCCGAGUGGACAGCAAGCAGAGAUACUACUCCAUCGAGAACCUGGAGCCGAGCUCUCACUACGUCAUCUCACUGAAGGCCUUCAACAACGCCGGGGAGGGAGUUCCUCUGUACGAGAGCGCCGUGACCAGAUCACUGACAGACCCCAUUGACCCGUUAGAGGACGACCUUUUCCACCUCUUUGAUAAAUUCCCAACUCCCAUGCCAGACACCAGCACUCCCAUGAUCCCCCCAGUAGGAGUCCAGGCCGUAGCGCUGUCCUCGGACUCGGUCCGCGUCUCCUGGGCCGACAACUCCAUGACCAAGAACCAGAAGUUGUCGGAGGUCCGGUACUACUCCGUCAAGUGGAAGUCCAGCGUCUCGACCAGCGGGAAGUACAAGUCUGCAGACACCACGGCUCUCAGCCACACCGUCACCGGACUCAAACCCAACACCAUGUACGAGUUCGCCGUCAUGGUAACCAAAGGUCGGAGGUCCAGCACCUGGAGUAUGACGGCCCACGCCACGACGUAUGAAGCAGCUCCAAGCUCCGCCCCCAAAGAUCUGACGGUCAUCAGUCGGGAAGGACGCCCUCGUGCCGUUCUCAUCAGCUGGCAGCCACCGAUGGAAGCUAACGGACGGAUCACAGGCUACAUCCUGUACUACACCCUGGAUAAGAACAUCCCCAUCGACGACUGGGUGAUGGAGGCCAUCAGCGGCGACCGGCUGACCCACCAGGUCGUGGAUCUGAACCUCGACACCGUUUACUACUUCAGGAUUCAGGCCAAAAACGCCAAAGGAGUGGGACCUCUGUCGGAGCCGGUGCAGUUCAGGACGGCUAAAGUGGAGCUUCCAGACAAGAUGGCCAACGAUCAAGGUCGGGGAGAACACGCCUUCUGGCCGUCCGACACCAACCCGAUCGACAGGAGCAGCAUCAACGAGUCUCCCAUUGGUCAGAUGCGUCCGCCGCACGGCAGUGUCACGCCUCAGAGGAACAGCUACCUGCUGGUCAUCAUCCUGGUUUCCGUGGGCGCCAUCAGCGUGGUGGUCGUCACGGCGCUCGUCUGCAUCCACCGCUCGUCCUCCCAGCAGAGGAAGAAGCGGGCCAGCCACGGCGCCGGGAAGCGUAAGGGCAGCCAGAAGGAGCUGCGGCCGCCGGACCUGUGGAUCCACCAUGAGGAGAUGGAGAUGAAGAACCUGGAGAAGGCGUCCAGCAUCGCCCCGUCCGGACGUGACUCGCCGCUCCAGGCCUGCCAGGACCGCCCCCAGGUGGCCCACAGCCAAUCAGAGAGCCAGAUGGGCAGCAAGAGCAGCCACUCAGGAGCCGACGCCGACGAGGCGUCCAGCGGCAUCUCCACUCUGGACCGAUCCGUCACGGCCAGGAGGGGAACCAGGGCCAAGAUGAUGAUCCCCAUGGACCUGCAGCCCAGCAACACGCCUGUGGUCAGCGCCAUCCCGGUUCCUACGCUGGAAUCCUCUCAGUAUCCGGGGAUUCUGCCUUCACCGUCCUGCGGCUUCACACACAACAAGUUCAGCCUCAGGCCCAUGCCGUUCCCCAGCCUGACGGUGGACAGAGGAUACACACCAGCGAUGCCGUCGGACUCCUCCGCCGCCCCCCUGCUGCAGCAGCAGGCUCCGCCCCCUCCGGCCGCCCCGCUGCUGCCCGGUUCAGCCGCUCCCGCCUCCGACCCGGUCCCCCCGGUGGGGCCCGUGCCCGGGGCCCCCGCCGCCUCAGGCCCCUCGGAGGAGGCCCAGGCGGCGGCCGGGCGCAGCAUCCCCACGGCCUGCGUCCGGCCCACGCACCCCCUGCGCAGCUUCACCAACCCGCUGCUGCCGCCGCCGAUGGGAACCAUCGACCCCAAGGUCUACACCUCCAUGCUGCCGCAGGCCGGUGCCAGCCUGCCGAAGCCCCAGGUGAAGACGGCGUCUCUGGGUCAGGCCGGGAAGGCCCGCUCCCCUCUGCUGCCCGUCUCGGUACCGACGGCGCCGGACCUGCAGGAGGAAGGCGGAGCCAAGCCGGCAGAAGAUUCAGCCACCAACGUGUACGAGCAGGACGACCUGUCGGAGCAGAUGGCCAGUCUAGAAGGACUGAUGCAGCAGCUCAACGCCAUCACUGGCUCCGCCUUCUAACCGCCGGACCGACCCGGACCGGACCGGACCGGCACCGGCCCGGCCCUUCCUCAGCCACGGACCAAUCUGCUCUGACUGACUGGUCGCCCAGAUCUCCAUCCGUUUGGUUUUGCUGGUCUGGGCUC